AUGGCCGCGCCCGGAUCUGCCAACCCAACCCUAACCACCACCACCCCUACGCUCGCAAUCCUCGACGACUACCUGGACAUCGCCUCGUCGCAUUUCACUCACAUCCCGAAAACAGGCGCUCGUCGCCGCGCUCCAGCCCUACACGAUCAUCUCGUCCAUGCGCGAGCGCACCCCUUCCCCGCAGAUCUGCUGCGCCAGCUGCCGAACCUAAAGCUGCUGCUCGCCACCGGCACCCAGUUCGAAUCCUUUGACCUGGCUGCGGCGCGCGACCUCGGCAUCGCCGUCGCCGUGGCGCCGGGUGCCGGGCGCAGCGAUGGGCGCGCCACUGCCUCCGCCAGCGCGCGCGCCCGCCUCGACCUCACCAAGGGCGGCAGCCAUCCGACAACGCAGCAUGCCUGGGCCCUGAUCCUGGCGCUGGCGCGCAACGUCGCCGCCGACGACGCCGCCAUCAAAACCGCCCCCGCCCCCGCCCCCUGGCAGACCCGCUUAGCGAAGGGUCUGGCGGGCCUGACUCUCGGCGUGGUGGGGCUGGGCCGGCUGGGCGCCGCUGUGGCCCGCAUCGCCGUGCUCGCCUUCGGUAUGGACGUCAUCUGCUGGAGCGCCAACCUCACCCAGGAAAAGGCCGACAGUACGGCCCAGGAGUUGGGGCUGCCUGUGUACGGGCCAUUGGAUGACUCCGGUGCCGAUGCCCAAACGCCUACAUUUCGCGUCGUCUCUAAGCAGGAGCUGUUCGCCCAGGCCGACGUCGUGACCCUUCACUAUGUGCUCGGCGAUCGGUCGCGCGGUCUGGUUGGGGUCCCGGAGUUGGCGGCUAUGAAACCCUCCGCGUUGUUGGUUAAUACCUCGCGCGGGCCCCUGGUCGAGGAGGCGGCGCUGUAUGACACGCUGCAGCGGGGUCGCAUCGCCGGUGCUGCAUUGGAUGUUUUUGACCUUGAGCCCUUGCCUCGCGAUAGUCGCUGGCGGUCACCGGACUGGGGUACUGGCGGGAGGAGUGCGCUGGUGAUGACACCGCAUAUGGGCUACGUUGAUGAGGGACUUAUGCAUACGUGGUAUGAAGAGACGGCAGAGAAUGUAGAACGGUGGCUACAGGGCAAGGAUUUAUUGCAUCGCUUAGUAUAA